AUGGCCCAGCACACCAAAAACAACGAUGAAUUCUGGUCUUCGAUUAAACAUUUGCAAGCUGGUAACAAUAAAAUAAACGAGGACCUGGCACAAUUCAGGGUCGAUCUGUCUAUUCUUCAGGAGAAAUUUCGCAAACUCAAGAGAGACACUGAGCAGAAGACAGCUAUACUGCAGCAGAAGAUAACUCUAUUUGAAGCUCGCCAGUACGUCACCCUUGAUGAGUUCAAUGCGCGUACCGAGAGACAGCUACGGGAGAUUCCUUCCUUGGUCGAAUCAGUGGUAAGAGAAGCGGUGAAGCGGAUACGGGCAGAGAAGUCGGUCAACGCCGAUGACACCCUCAACAAGCUAGGACCAGCUGCAUCAUCCCUCCCUAAACACCCUAUCCAGCUCAUACGCAACCCGCCAACUUACCAUGGGAAUGAUCUCAGUAGGUUCCGCCCGUGGUGGUCAAGAGUCACGGCGUUCAUGCAUUCCUAUGCCGAACGCUUCCCAUCUGACAAGUUCAAGAUUGGCUGGGUGGGCUCUUUAUUAUCGGAUAGCGCCCAGAUGUGGCAUCAUUGCAGGAAGAAACAGAUGGAUCAGCUGGGCAUAACGGACUCUUGGGAUUCCUACUCGGCGGCCCUGCAGGCACGAUUUAAAGACACCAAGGAGGCGUCAAGGAACUACAAACGCAUGAGAGAACUCCAGUACCAGGGAGACACGGCGAAAUAUCUCGACGAGCUUCUAUAUCUUAACGAGUCAGUGCGUUGGUCAGGCAUCUCGCUACAGACGCAUAUCAAGCAAACGUUGCCUCACGAGAUCACCUAUUUGGUGUAUACGAGGCGGGGAAAGAUGCCUAAGACGGAUGAGGAUUUUCUAGACGCGAUAUCAGAAGCCGGUCGAAUAUACGAGAGCAUGUUGUCAUCUCUUGACCUCGCGGGUAAUCGCUCCGGUGAAACUGGGGAAAAGGGGCGCCGACUUCGUCGUCGCCGCGCGCGAAGACGGAACCCCCGAAAGGCCAACGAAUGA